AUGGAAGAAGAUAAUACAACGGUAACAUCGAUGUCUUCAACAUCGUUCUUAGCAGAAAUUAUGUUAAUUCUUACUGGUUUAAGUGGCAUUUCAGUAGUGGGUGUUAAUAUAGGUUUUUUUCAUUCGUUACCAGUUUUUGUCGUUACGCUUGGCUUGUUGAUUGGUAUACUUGCAAUUAUUAUGUGUAUUAUUGGUAUCUAUGUUCUUUUGUAUCAAGAUUAUUUUCGUUUAAAAUUAUUUUUACAAUUAUUGACUUUAUUCGUUGGUAUUCAAUCAGGUUUUAUUAUUUAUUUAUAUUUUUUUACAACUUACACAGAUAGUAAUGACUAUCAUCAUCAUCAUCAUCAACAAGGUGUAUUAAUUGCAUUAGAUGUUUGUUGUGGACUUGGUACAAGUGCAUUAAUUGCACUUUGUUUUCAUUUAAAACAAAAAGGAUCAACCAUGGAAAUGUUUAAAUUUUAA